AUGUUGGUGUCGCUCUGGAAUGAUGGAUUGCAUAGUAUUCCUGUGGAUGUGAGGAAUGGGACUGCGUCUGCGACGCCCGAGAAACCGGAUCGCGUGGUUGUUGUGGGUAAAUUGAAGCAUGAGGAUACGGAUUGGGUGAUUGAGGAUCUCGACGACUGGCAACACGCCAUCUACACAGUCGACGACCCAACGGCCCCCCUAACCGUCCCCAAAAACAAAGGCCACGAAGCCAACGUCUACCUCCAAUACAUCCUCGACAACUACCACGCCCUCCCCUCCACAAUCGUCUUCCUCCACAGCCACCGCGACGGCUUCCCAUUAGCCUGGCACACCGAAUUCGACACCCACUCGAACCCCAUAACCGUCCAACACCUGCAAACCGACUUCGUCCAGCGCAAUGGCUACGUCAACAUGCGCUGUAACCCAAACCCGGGCUGUCCGAACGAACUCCUACCCCUGCGUAAUCCGCCGGAUCCCAUGCGCGGCCCGGAGUAUGUGUUUGGGAGUGCGUGGGAGCGGUUGUUUAAUAAUAGUAAUGUGCCGGAGGUUGUGGGGGCUGCUUGUUGUGCGCAGUUUGCGGUGUCGAGGGAGCAGGUGCUUAAACGGGGGUAUGGGGAGUAUGAGUGGUUUCACUCGUGGUUGAUGGAGACGGAUUUGGCGGAUGAUAUUAGUGGGAGGGUGUUGGAGUAUUUGUGGCAUGUUAUUUUUGGGAAGGAGGCUGUUUAUUGCCCCAAUAUGGAACAGUGUUAUCGCGAUGUUUAUGGCGUUUCGGAUUAUUGA